AUGUUUGCUUCCCUUUUCCGUUCGUAUGGGCCUGCAUUUCGAAAACAUAUAUUGCCUCGGCCAGAAGAGCUCAAACCUUUCUGGACCAAAGUCGCUGGACACCCUGCCCUCCAAGGCCACGAUGUCUUGUCCCGGGGAGAUCGCUUCACAAAAGCGAUACCUAUCGGAGUACACGGCGAUGAUUGCCCGGUUUCAGGCCUGGGAAAAUGUUGGGUGUCGAAGCUGUCCACCCUGAGCUGGUACUCCUUCAUGGGUAUGGCAUCCCGAACCCUUGAGAAGCUCCUAUGGAUAUAUUCCUGCCCUGAAAAGUAUCGCUUGAACCAGUCCGACGAGUACGAGCCUACUCUUGACACCUUUUUCAGGAUCCUGGCAUGGUCACUGACGUGGCUUUACCGAGGCCAAUGGCCGGAUACAGAUUUCAAUGGCGACAAGUACAGGAAUGGAAGUCCUGAACAGAAGCGGGCUCUGACCCCGCUUGCUGGAGGGUACUACUGUGUAUUGCUUGGAAUCAUAGGCGACUUGGACUGGUUUCAUGGAGUGCUGAAACUCCAGCACUACGGAAGCUCGAAGAACCCCUGCUGCUUGUGCAAGGCCCAGGCCAAGGGACCGCUGACUUAUACCAACUUUAAGAGUGAUGCACCCUGGCGGGCCACGAUCUGGAAGGCGAAAGAUUGGAUUGCGGAUCCGAGCCGAAGUCAAAACCCGAUUUUUCGGGUUCCCUCAACAUCUUGCCAUGUUGUGGCCAUGGACCUGAUGCAUGUCAAGUAUCUCGGGUGCGACAUGUACAUGCUGGGAAGUGUGAUAUGGCUUCUGUGCCAUUUGGUACUUCCGAAUGACCCAGCUGAAAACCUCCGGGUGGUUUGGCACAAACUGAAGGAGUGCUAUGUCAAGCUUGGUAUUCCAGCUAGUCAGCGGUUUCGUGGUCUUCUGAAGGCUUCUAUGUAUACCCGGAAAAAAGGCUAUCCGAAACUUCGAGGCAAGGCCUAUGAAGUCCGUCAUCUUAUACGACCAAUGUUGGACACAUGGCUUUUUUUCUGCAACUCUAGGCUGCAUGUCCAUCAGCAAAUCAGUCUGAUGCUGAAGCAAAAUGUUUUGAUGGAAUCGGUGCUUACAGACUACAAGGAGGCAUUACAGUUCCCUGCCAAGGCGGCCCAAGCUUUCCGGGAUGCCACCACGAACAUGCUACUUCUGCAUGCUGCUGUCGCGACCCAUUUCGCUCAUUCUGGGAUCCAAGUCUUUGAUCUCACGAGCAAAUUCCACCUACUCCAGCACAUUGCCGACUACAGCGAAUACAUAUCUCCACGAGUGGUGUGGUGCUUCUCUGGCGAAGAUCUUAUGAGGCAUACUCAAAAGCUGGCACAGUCUUCAAGCAGAGGUGUGGGUCCUUGCCGGGUCGUUGGGAAGAUGGCUCGGAAGUACAGGCUGGCCUUGCACCUGGAGUUCUCGGAGGGGUGA